AUGAACAGACUAGAUAUCCUCGGCCUAUCAACCCAAGACCACCGUACGUACCGCGUAGUCUCCUUCCCGGCCUCGCAGUCCCUGCACGCGUCCAGCGCGUUUCCUGCCUCAGGCAGAAACGCUGUCCCGACUGGACUUGCGGCACUCGACGAAGCUAUUUCCCCGUCUUCUGCAGAUGCGCUAUCAGACCUUGAUGAGGGAGAAAUCAAGGGCUUGCCUUUGGGACAUGUUACGGAGGUGUUUGGACCUCCGGGGGCGGGGAAGACUGCGUUGGCGUUAAAUGCUGCUGCGGGUGCGCUUAGGAAUGGGGACGGGGUUGUUUGGAUAGAUACGGCCUCACCACUUCCCAGGCCUCGUUUGCGCAGAUUACUCCGUGAUCAGUCACAGCCAACCCCAUCCUCAUCAUCUAAAUCUCAAACAGAGAACCUUACAUACAUCCGAGCCCCUACCCUUCCGCACCUCGUUUCCCUCUUCCAUCAUCCACCACCAUCAUUCCCACCCCCCAACACAACCCUCCUCGUCAUAGACUCCAUCUCUGCGCCAUUUGCACCCUACUUCCCCAACCCCAGUGAUACCAAUCACCCGCAACAAGCCCAAAAGGAGAACCAGAGAUGGCUCACUGCGCGAAAAUGGAAUGUGAUUAGUGAUCUCGCGACACUCCUGGUCAAGUUCGCGAAUAGGGGCAAUCUUGCGGUUUUAGUGGCCAAUCAGAUGCAUACGAGGAUUCGGGGACAGGUGAGGGCGACGUUGUCGCCAGUGUUGAGUGGGAGGGGGUGGGAGGCGUGUGUAAAUGUGAGGAUUGGGGUUUAUGGGGAUUUUGGAUAUGAGGGGGGUGGGAGUGGGGGGCGGGUAAGGGUUGCGGAGGUUAUGAAGAGGGCGGGGAGAGUGGUUAGUAUUAGGGAUGGGUCGGUGGUGGUCCCGUUUCGGGUUGGGGAGGAUGGGCUGUAUGCGGUUGAGAAUGGGGUGGAGGGGGGCUUGAAGGCUGUUCCUGUUGUUGUACAGGAGCAGGAUGAACAUGUUCUGGAGGAAUCUGCAGAGGCGCAAGUACAGGAAGAAGAGGAAGAGCUCGUGCUGGAGGUGCAGCCGAUGCAGGAGGAAGAGCUAUUACAAGAGGAACCAGUGCAGAAUGAGUCACUCCAAGAAGAGUCAAUACGGGAGGAGCUAGCGCAGGAAGAUCAUGUACAGGAAACUUCGGAGGAGAAAAAACCACUGCAGGAAGAUCCAGUGCAGGAGCCACUGCAGCAAGAGUCGGUGCAGCAAGAGUCAGUGCAGGAAGCGCAGGCACAGGAGCACCCAAAGGAAACUCAGGGGCUAAAGGCACAGGACCAGGUUCAGCUUCAAGGUGAUGCAGGAACUCCAACUAAACGAAAACGAAAGGCAGAGGAGAUUGCGGACAGUCAAGAUGAGGAUGACUCGGAGGGAGAUUUUUGAUGGAUCAAAGAUGAGAGGCUGGGUUGACGACUAAAGUCGACUCUUCAAGAGACCAUUCUAACCACACGCGACGCUUGAAAAUAUUCAGAUG